UGACUCUGAAGACUCAACAAUCGGCGUUGCCUUCAAACCAUCCUGCUGUCGCUUGUUUGUGCGUUACUCUUUGCCAUUUCAUCAAUAUCACCACAGACCAAACACUUGUGCCAUGUCGACCAACAGCACGACGAUAGAGGUGCAGUCCAACAUGUCACACACGGGAAAUGACACGAACAAGAAACAACAGAAAUGUGAGGACUCUAACAAACAGUUCAGUGAGCUGGGUCAUCUGAAGGAACACGUGAAAACUCACAGUGGUAAGAAACCGUACAGAUGUGAGGAGUGUGGCAAAGGGUUCAGUCAGCUGAUGGGGCUGCGGCUACAUAUGAAGAUACACACUGGUAAAAAGCCCUACCACUGCGAAGACUGUGGCAUGCAGUUCAGUUGGCUGGCACAUCUGAAGAAACACGCGCUAACACACACAAGGGAGAAAUCACAUCGGUGCGAGGAGUGCGGCAAACAGUUCAGCCAGUCGUGUAGCCUGAGGAGUCACAUGCGGACUCACACUGGUGAGAAACCGUACCGGUGUGAGGAGUGCGGCAAACAGUUCAGCCAGCUAUGUGGUCUAAAACAGCAUAUGAAGACCCACACUGGUGAGAAACCGUACAGAUGUGAGGUCUGUGGCAAUCAUUUUAGACACCUGUGUUCUCUGGCAAGCCACAUGCGGACUCACACUGGUGAGAAACCGUACCGGUGUGAGGAGUGCGGUAAACAGUUCAGUCAGCCGAGUCAUCUGAAAACUCACAUGCGGACUCACACCGGUGAGAAACCCUACCGGUGUAAGGAGUGUGGCAACCAGUUCAGUCGGCUAUAUAAUAUGAAAGAACACGCGAAGACGCACAGUGGUGAGAAACCUUUCACAUGUGAGGAGUGUGGAAAACAUUUCAGCCAACUCCGUAGCGUGAAACAACACAUGAAGACUCACACUAGUGAGAAACCGUACCGGUGUGAGGUCUGUGGAAACCACUUCAGUCAGCUGGGUAAGCUGGCAAGUCACAUGCGAACACACACUGGUGAGAAACCGUACAAAUGUGAACAGUGUCACAGAAGCUUCGCUCAUUCAAGUAGUCUGAAGAAACAUGCAUGUGUGCAGACUAAUUCCAGCCACAUUUUUUCAAAAAUCCCACGAUUGUCGGGAAAGCAUUUCAGCCAACUCCGUAGCGUGAAACAACACAUGAAGACUCACACUGGUGAGAAACCGUACCGGUGUGAGGUCUGUGGAAACCACUUCAGUCAGCUGGGUAAUCUGGCAAGUCACAUGCGAACACACACUGGUGAGAAACCGUACAAAUGUGAACAGUGUCACAGAAGCUUCGCUCAUUCAAGUAGUCUGAAGAAACAUGCAUGUGUGCAGACUAAUUCCAGCCAUACGGGCAUAGUGGCACACAGGAAUGCAAGUCAGCCUUGUUGUUUCUACGGCAAGCAUCACAGACUACACAGUUGUGCCAUGACGACCAACAGCACGACGAUACAGAUGCAGUCCAACAUGUCACACACGGGAAAUGACACGAACAAGAAACAACAGAAAUGUGAGGACUCUGACAAACAGUUCAGUGAGCUGGGUCAUCAGAAGGAACACGUGAGAACUUACAUUGGUGAGAAACCGUACAAAUGCGAGGAGUGUGGCAAAGGGUUCAGUCAACUGAAGGGACUGCGGCUACAUAUGAAGAUACACACUGGUAUCAACGCAUACCGCUGUGAAGACUGUGGCAGGCAGUUCAGUUGGCUGGCACAUCUGAAGAAACACGCGCUAACCCACACAAGGGAGAAGUCUUACAAGUGCAAGGAGUGCGGCAAACAGUUUGCUCAUCCAGGAACUCUAAAGGAACAUAUGCGGAGUCACACUGGAGAGAAGCCGUACGGAUGUGAGGAGUGCGGCAAACAGUUCAACCAGUCGAGUAGUCUGUGGAGUCACAUGCGGACUCACACUGGCGAGAAGCCCUACCUGUGUGAGGAAUGCGGUAAACAGUUCAGUCGGCUAGGUAAUCUAAAGGUGCAUAUGACGACCCACAGUGGUGAAAAACCGUACAUAUGUGAGGUCUGUGGCAAUCAUUUUAGACAUAUGUGUUCUCUGGCAAGCCACAUGCGGACUCACACUGCCGAGAAACCGUACCGGUGUGAAGAGUGCGGCAAGCGAUUCAGUCAGCUGAGUCAUCUGAAAACUCACAUGCGGACUCACACCGGUGAGAAACCCUACCGCUUGGCAGUGUGGCAAACAGUUCAGUCGGCUAGAUAAUAUGAAAGAACACGCAAAGACCCAUAGAGGUGAGAAACCUUUCACAUGUGCGGAGUGUGGAAAACAUUUCAGCCACCUCCGUAGCGUGAAACAACACAUGAAGACUCA